AUGUAUCCAUCCCAUGUCGGUAUCGUAUCGUAUGUAUUGCAGUAUACCACUUGCUACUCUUCCUCCGCCUGCCGCGCAGAGCGAGCCACCCACCCCUCCAUCCAUCCAUCCAUCCAUCCAUCUAUCCACCCACACGCUGCUGUCAUCAUCAUGCCCACUGCCCACUGCCCACGCCCCAUCCUUCCAUCCAACCACACCCGCCGCUUGCGCCCUCGCCCGUCACCCGACGUGCCCUCUCGUCUGUUUCGUGAGCCUGGCUUGGCCCUCCCCCGGCCCUCUAGCCCUCGAGGUCAUGGUGUCAUCUGUCCAGCUUCCGCCUCUCACCUCGUCUCUCCCACCUGUGCACGAGUCAUCUCACCGCUCCCUGCCCGCACCAGGCUUCCCUGUCUAACCCGCCCUCUGCCCACUCCCUCUCUCGUCGACGCUACCACCCCAUCGUCACUCCAUCUGCCUGCAAUCGGCCUUUGUGUGAGCCAGGACGCGACAAACACGGCAGCUCUAGCCCGUCCUUGUACCGACUGCUGCUCGCAUUACCGUGCCCCUGGGUUCCCGCCUGCCUGUUGCAUGUCCCUCUGUGCGUCAUUCUUCGUCCACUCUACUCCCACUUGCAACAUGCCUGCCCACCAGCCCGCCGUUUUCUGCUCCCCCGGCCAACUUCGCCCGUCCACUACUGCCAACUUAUGCCCGUGA